AUGGCUAUUAUAUUUACAACGGUUAGUGUUUACCAUGCGAUUCUACAUGUAAAACCUGUAAUGGUUCAAUUUGUUUAUCCUGCCAACAUUCGCUUUAUCUUUAUUAAAAUGGUACAUGUUUAAGUACUUGCGAUACCAAUAAUGGUUAUUUCACUCAAGAUAGUUAGUGUCUUCCAUGUCAUUCUUCCUGCCAGACUUGUAAUGGCUAAUCUAACUAAAACUGUUUGUCUUGUUAAAAUUCCUUAUAUCUUUAUUAAAAUAAAACAUGUUUAAGUACUUGUGAUACCUAAAAUGGAUAUUACAUUGAUGGUACCUAAUGUUUAUCUUGUGAUCCUACCUGUUAGACAUGCACUGGUUAAUCUAGCUAAAAUUGUUUAACUUGCAAAUCAUCCUUUCAACUUCAAAAUAGGAAAUUCAUGUCUUCCAUGCAAUUCUACCUGUAAAACUUGUAAUGGGUCAUCUAAUCAAAAUUGCUUGUCUUGUAAGCCUUCCUUCUAUCUUUAUCAAGAUAAAAUUUAGUAAAAUGAGGCUGGUUCUUGCUAGUCUUGUGAUUAAUCAUGUCUUAAAUGUUAAGGUCCUUCAAAUAAAGAUUGUAUAACUUGCAAAAAAAAUUAUAUUUUAUUGCCAACUCUCAGAAAGUGUGCUUUGUGUGAAGAAGGAUAUUUCUUCAAUCAAAGCAGUUGUGAUUAGUGUGAUUAAACAUGUUUGACAUGCACGGGUAAGAAUAAAUAAGAUUGUAUAGAUUGUAGACAAGGUUUGAUUUUAAGCAGUGUAUCAAAAACUUGCGAGAAAAGUAGCUAAGUAUAAAAUGAGUAAGAGAGAAUAAAAUAUAGCUAAGAUACAGGUUGCUAUGACUAAAAAUAGUAGUAAGUUGUAAGUACUUGCUUAGAUUAAAUUGAAAAUAGUUAAUCAAAUACUAAAAUUCUUGACACAUUAUUUAUCGUAAAUCUAUCUCUUAUUGCAGUUUCAUCUAUUUUCACACCUUUAGGUUCAAGUCUGGGUUGGAUUUUUAUUCAAAAUUAAUAGCUUUUGGGUAAUUACAUAUUUGCUUAUAAGCUGGUUCCACUAAGGAUGAAUCAACUUGAAAUGAAAUCAAGCUACGCUCAUCACUUUUUUACAAUUAUUAGCAAUAUUGUUAUUGUUAAAACUAAUAAUGAAGCAAUACUAUUUUAACUUAAAUAAUUUAACACUCUCUUUACAAUCAACGAUUUUUGGAGUAGUUUUUUAAAUAACUGUUUUGUAGCCUUAAUUGUUUUUGGAUUUUGCUUUGGAAUUCUUAUUAUUUUUAUAUGUCUCAAUUUAAGACAAAUUUAAGACUAGACUAAUAGUAGAGAUAUUGCUUAAUUUAGCAACUUAGUAUAAAAUAUUGAGAUUUCUAAUACUUCUUAAAGAAUAUUUUGGUUGCUAUUUGAAUGGAAAAAAAGUUUAUAUAUCUUACAGCAAUUGUAUUUCUUGGAGUCAUCUUUACUUAAGAUAGACAAAUAAAUUCGUACAAUAUUCCAGAAUUAAAUUUAAAUAUGCGAAAUGCGUAUAGAAUUGCAAUGCAAUGUGAAUAUGGUUGAGUAAAUGACUGAUUCUAAUAUAGAAAAACUAUUUGAAAUGCUAAACUAACCAAAAAAGAAAAAUUAAUUAAACUAGUGA